CGGCUCAUCCUCAUUUUCCUUUCGCAUCGCGAGAUACUCGAAAUUCAGAGGCCCAAGAUCUAAGCGCACAGAGCGGCUAUGAUUACAUACAUGGAGGAGACCUUCUAUCGAUCUGUCCCCUGCUUGCUCACAGCCACGACUAUGCCUGGCGCAGCCUUUGCUACUCUGCUCACCAAAACAUCUUAUCUUGCUGGAGUUCUUGUGCUGGACCAUGGUCUCAAGAAAGUCGAUUCCAAGUAUCCUCUAGUAGUGUUGGCCACACCAGAGCUGCCUCAAGCAGCUCGGGACGUCCUAAGCAAUUGCGGAAUAAAGAUCCGAGACAUCCAGCCCUUGAGACCGGAAGAGGGCACUCAUAGUCUUUCAGCCGCCGAUGUCCGAUUCCAUGAUACUUGGACGAAAUUGCGAGUCUUUGAACUAGCUGAAUACGAUGCAUGUCUUUCGCUUGGUGUCUUCUAGGUGUUUAUCCUUACGACCCGUGGUCAGCGAGUGGUGCUCCUCGACUGCGAUAUGCUGGUGAGGAGAAAUAUGGAUGAUCUAAUGGAGCUCGAGCUUCCAGCGGGCGGCAUUGCAGCAUGCCAUGCCUGCGCGUGCAAUCCCCGCAAAUUCCCGCACUAUCCCAAGGACUGGGUCCCCGAAAAUUGUGGCUUCAGUGCUGUAUCCGGCCCGGCUGGUGCUCAGCCCGUACCUUCCGACUCGCCCCGUCCUCACAAUCUACUCAAUUCGGGGACGGUUGUGCUCGAGCCCUCCAUUGAGCUGGCCCAGCAGAUGUACCACUUCCUUGCCACAGACGAGCGUGUGCCAUCGUUCAGUUUUCCGGAUCAGGACUUGCUCGCAGCCUUCUUUCACGGGAAAUGGAGAUCGAUAAACUGGUACUACAAUGCACUGAGGACUCUACGGACCGUCCACGCGGCCAUCUGGGAUGACGACCUGGUUCGAUGUGUGCAUUACAUUCUGGCUGACAAGCCGUGGCAAGUGCGCGAUUCGAAGGAGUUCGCGGUGGUCAACGGUUGGUGGUGGGAGCAAUAUGAAGAUAUGAGCCGACAGUUGGACUCAGAAGCACUGGCGCUCGUGAGCAGCAUAGUGGCUCCUGCGUGAUGGUAGACGCCAUUCACGCCCUCCAUGCGACGUGUACUUCGUCCGUGCGGAACCUAGAAACAAUCAGAUUCUGUAUUCCACCGGGAAGAAAUGAUUGCCUUUGCGUGCAUGUGCUUUUGGCCAGCGGUGUCUCUGAGCCCAUUCGGAAACUGAGCAAUCCGGCGUGGGCAAUCAUGAUCCCAUUGUCAAUGCAAUAUCGUUCGUCCAUGGCAAAGACCUUUCCUCCCCGCUCUUCAGCCAUAAUUCCCAUCAUGUCUUGCAGCCUCUCGUUUGCUAUUCCGUACUCGCACAUCAGCCGCGAACAGUUUUACAGGUGAGGAACGACGCACAGCCGACACCUCCGACGAUGAGCACUUCUUUGCUUCCAAUAUGUGCCAUAGCCCGUUCUGUGAUCUCAACGAGCAUGGCGAAGAUGGUCUCCUGCAGAGAGAAACACAGAUCUGCAGGUGUGAUGAUGUCUGUAUCCAUCUCGUCUCUCGCUUUGCCAUCGGCCCGGAAUCGUUUGUCUUGUGUGAAGGCCUCGACUGAGGUCAAUAUCCCGGAGAAACUGACGUCCAUCCCCUUUGUAGUGUAUGGCAAAGGAACCAGACGCGAUCCC